AUGCGAGGAAUCCAAAUCAAGCAAUACCUCGACGGUCCCGAAGGCCUUCAAGUCUCCGAGCUGCCCGACCCGGUUCCCAACGACGACCAAUACCUCAUCCAAGUCCACGCCUCGGCAGCAAACUUCUUUGACAUUCUCCAGGUCCAGGGACGCUACCAGACCCAGCCCCCCUUCCCCUGGGUCGCCGGCGCCGAGUUCGCAGGCACCGUCAUCUCCGCGCCGCGCAACCCAUCGCAACCGCCCAAGUUCCGGCCCGGCGCCCGCGUCUUCGGCGCCGCUCAGGGCGCCUUUGCCACCAAGCUCUGCGCCGUCGAGGCCGCCCUGCUGCCCGUGCCCGCCGGCUGGUCCUUUCAGGAGGCUGCCGGCCUCUUCAUCACGGCCCCGACCAGCUACGCCGCCUUGGUCGUCAGGGCGAAUGUCAAGCGUGGUGAUCAUGUGCUUGUCCACGCCGCUGCCGGGGGAGUUGGCCUCGCUGCCGUACAAGUCGCCAAAGCCUUCGGCGCCACCGUAAUCGCAACGGCCUCGACGCCCCGCAAACUUGAAGUCGCCAAGGCCUAUGGCGCUGACCACGUCCUUCCCUACACCGACGCCGACUGGCCCGCCAAGGUCAAGGCCCUGACCCCUAGCAAGCGCGGCGUCGACAUUGUCUAUGACCCUGUCGGCCUCGUCGACAAGUCGACAAAAUGCACCGCCUGGAACGGUCGCAUCCUCGUCGUCGGCUUCGCCGCCGGCAACAUCGAAAAGGUGGCCAUGAACAAGGUGCUGCUCAAGAACAUCUCCCUCGUCGGCAUCCACUGGGGUGCCUACUCGGCCAACCAAAGGGCCAUGAUCCCCGUCGUCUGGAAAGAAAUCAUGCAGCUGGUCGCCGAGGGCAAGUUGAAGGGCACCGUCUACACCGACGACGAGUUUGUCGGCUUGGAGAGGGUCAAGGACGCGCUCAUGGCGCUGGGAGCACGGGGGACUUGGGGCAAGGUUGUCGUCAAGAUUCCACAGGAUGACCAAAGCCGGUUAUGA